GUUAUCGCCACCGUCUCAUCACACACACACACACACACACACGCUAUCGGGGAUUCUCUGGUUACAACUUUGACUGAUCUCUCUCCCUCUACAAACUAACUUAUUUGGCACACUUUUAAUCUUGCUCUUAAGACAUUUGCGUUUGUACCCUGCUUUGCUUUGUCCGAUAUUUUAAUUAAUGCACAGGGGAAUUGUGUUGCUGCGUUCAAGUCCUCAAAUUAACGCUCAUAAUUGCAGCAUUUCCAAACUACUUUGCAUUUUGCUCGACUCUAAACAAAAAACAAUAAUAUUCCUAAGAGAGACUUAAGAGUGUGUCUGUGGAACUCAGUAGUGGGUGCGUAGUAACUUAAAUGUGCUUUAUGUUGUGUUCCAUCUCCCAUGAUAUUGUUUUAAUAUCCUACAUGGUUUAAUAUUGUAUAGUUUUGUUGUGAUGCUUCAGAUGGUUAUUGCAUGACAUUGUUUUUCAUAAUGGCUCAUUUUAAAUUUUUAUAAAAAUCCUAUUAUACUUUUGUAAGUUUGUUCUUUCUGCUUCCCUUCACCAUGUUCAGCUGUCCUCAAACACUUUCUUAUAAUCAUUCUUAGAAUAACAUUGCAAAAUGUCAACACUUCUCUUCUGCAAAGCACAUGAAUUUCAACCUCUUGGCUCUCUUGUAUGUCUUUAAACUGCUUUAGUUUUGACUGUAGCAUAAGGACAGUCACCUGCAAGGGAAUAGUCUAAAAAGGAUCCUUACAAAAGUUGAGAACUAGGUCAGAGCUGUAGCCCAUGUAUCCCUGUCAGCUGUUUAUCACUGGAUUAGAACUGGUACCCUUCAUGCAUGUUUUCCUCUUCCUCUCUGCAAAGCUCCCAUUUUAACAUCUGCUUCAUAUUAGCCACCGUUUGUCAGCAGAUAUUACAGGCUCAGAAGUGACUUCCAAUCUAACGUCUAAUUAUUUUUACUUAUGGGCCAUUUUAAUACUGUUUUGAUGGUACGUCCUCCCUCUGUCUAUCUCCCUUCUCUUCCUUUCUUUCUCGUUCUCUCUCACAAACACACACACUUGCCUGUGAGCCCUGGGCAGUUUGUAUAUUACUUUGGUUUCACUUUAGAGUGCUGGUAUUUGGUUAUUCAGGCAGAAACAUGGUCCCGGUUUAGGGGUGUUUGUGUCUGUUAAAUUAAAACUAAACACACAUUUUAGAUGUACACAGUUUUGGAAGUUCAGAGAAUUGUUUUGGUAAUACUAGACAGACGUUAAGAAAAAGAGGGAUGCUUGUGUGGAAGAGAGUAUGGAGGGGGGGACUCAAUUGUAAGAGGAUACUUAAGGAAUGUUAAUGGUGCAAUGUAGCAAAUGGAAAAGAUAGGGUAUUGAUUCUGUCUCUCUUCUUCCUUCUCUGAAUCUCUCUUGCUUUUCCACCCUGUCCAUGUGUGUGUGCAGGCAUACACAAUGUCAGCUCAAGUCUAUUAGUUGUUUAUAAUUCAUGUCACAGGAAAACAUCACUACACCCCGGGGAGCCAGGCACACUCCAUCGCAUUGAUGUGCAGUCAGAAUUAUCCUUAUCUGGUGUUCAUAUCUGACACAUGAGCUGGUAAAGGCCAAUAACACGCAACACCUCCUGGAGGUGCAGUAGUAGUGAUGUGGUUAAGUAUGUACAGUGUCUCAGGCAGGAGUGAAUGAUCUCAUGUGUUUUGGGGGUUUUUUUUCAGAUGGUGUGAGCUGAUUAUUGUCUACAGAUUGUACAAACAAUGUAAGCAAUUUUCCUCAGAGCCAUUGUGAUAAGAGAGAUGAGCAGUGACACAUGGUCUUUUUUAGGCAGUGCAGGCAUUCAUUACUUAUCUAACACAAUUGUUACAAACUGCAAGUGUUUUUGCCCUCCACACCACAAGGAGACACCAACUGGUGGUUCAGUAUCUGUGAGUGCCUCCCACAUUAUAAAUAGAAGGCUGGACUGGACUUCCUGUCCUUUGUCUCCAAACAUUUCACCUUGGCUGAAGAGUAUGUAGAUGUUUGCCGUGUGUUUUUUGAUGAACCUUCAAUGACAGCGACAUCCAGAAGAAGAUUGACCAUGAGAUCCGAAUGCGAGAUGGGGCCUGCAAGCUGCUGGCCGCCUGCUCCCAGAAAGACCAGGCGUUAGAGGCGGCGAAGAGCCUGCAGACCUGUAGCACUCGUAUCAUGGCCUACAUGUCAGAGUUGCAGAGGAUGAAGGAGGCUCAGGUAAUGCAGAAGGUCACGCGGAGGUCGUCGGAUGCAGGGCCGAUGGAGGACAGACUCCCGUGCAAAGGAAAAGUAGCCAUCUCAGAUCUUCGGAUCCCUCUCAUGUGGAAAGACACAGAGUACUUCAAGAACAAAGGAGAGCUUCAUCGGUGUGCAGUGUUCUGCCUGCUGCAGCUGGGAGGAGAGAUCUUUGACACAGACAUGGUGAUAGUGGACCGGACACUCACCGAUAUUUGCUUUGACAACACCAUCGUAUUUAAUGAAGCCAGCCCAGGUUUUGAGCUGCGUGUUGAGCUGUACAGCUGCUGCUCGGAGGAUGACUACUCAGCAGGGAGCACGCCAAGGAAACUAGCCAGUAAACUCAGCUCCUCGCUGGGGCGUUCAGCUGGAAAGAAGCUCCGGGCAGCCAUGGAGCCUGGACCAUGUAGUCCUAUUAGCAACGGAGGGGCAGCUCCUCUUCUGCUGCCAGUUCCUUCUGUACCGGGCCCUAAGUACCACCUCUUAGCUCAUACCACCCUGUCACUGUUACACGUCCAGGACAGCUUUCGCACACAUGACCUCACCAUCUCAGGCAAUGAAGAGUGUUCUUAUUGGCUGCCGCUCUAUGGCAGUAUGUGUUGCCGCCUUGCAGCUCAGCCGCACUGUAUGACCCAACAGAUGAUGAGUGGAUGUUUGAAAGUUAAGCAGUUGGGAGGUGACCAUCAGAGUUGGACAAAAGUGCACGGUGUUCUAAAAGGAACAAGCCUUUUCUGCUACCACCAGCCAGAAGAUGUGGAGGCUAACGUUGAGCCAGCUUUCACCAUUGCCAUCAACAAGGAGACCAGAAUACGUGCAUCAGAGAAAGACCCUCACAGUAAAGUUCAGAAUAUCUGUAUCAGUAACCAGUACGGAGGUGAGGAGGUCACACACACACUGACAACAGACAGCCGCGAGGACACACACCGGUGGAUGGAGGCCUUUUGGCAACAUUUCUAUGACAUGAGCCAAUGGAAGCAGUGCUGUGAUGACUUAAUGAAAAUUGAACUGCCAUCGCCAAGGAAGCCGGCUCCUGUCACACCAAAACAAGGCUCACUCUAUCACGAAAUGGUUAUUGAGUCAUCUGCUGACCUCAGCAGCACUGUGUCAGACAUAUUGACUCGGAGGAUGCAGGAGCUGGAGCUCCGCAGCCAGCUGGGCACCUCCCCCACCUGGAUGUCUGUGUUUGAGGAGAGCAACCCCCAAAGUGCUGGCCGCCCCCGUCCCUGUACCUCUCGCCUAUCUGGCCACAGCCCCCGCACCCCUCAUCGAUUGCCCCGGAGCCCUGUGAGCCCUCACCGCUGCCCACAGCUGGGUCUGCUGUCCUCAGAUGCAAGCCUGACCUCAGACAGCGACAGCCACUGCAGCACUAGUCCCUGCUCUCACCACCGUGGCUGGCCCGAGCCUUCUUCAAACUUCUCUCUCUUGUCAUCUUCCCCUUCCCGUCUGAGGCCACGCACUCUGUCGCUGGAUGCUAAGCUCAGCACCCUUCGAGGGAGGGAGUACGGAGGAGGAGGGACCUUCCAGUGCCCCUGCCAGCCUCCUCCCUCCUCGCUGCUUGCCCCACUCCCCAUCUCCUCACGUUCACCUGGGUCACAGCGCAGCACACAGACCACGCUCUCCUGCUCCAGUUCCACCUCCAGCAACAGCUCCAGCAACAGUGAGGGCAGCCACAGCCCAGAGUCAUCUGAGGGAGCCCCCUUCUCAAGGCCCUCCCCGGCUCGACGCAGCCUCAGGAACCUCAGGGCCAGACUCGAUCCUCGCAACUGGCUCCAAAGUCAGGUGUGAACUUGUCCUGCCUGACAGACAUUUUACGUUGGCCUAAAGACAACAGUGCUCAUUAAACUAUGGUUUAACUGGCUUAACAUAUGUGAACCAACCUCAGGCAAUCUGCUAUGCUACAUGCCCAGCCCUGAGGAGGAUAAGCUGCCUCUAGCCUGCCUCCUGGUGGAGGAUAGAUCAUGGAAGACCCUCCUGGGGCAAACUGGAAUGUCUUCUAACACAAAAGACAGGUGACAAUCACUGCAGGCGAAUCUGCACUUUGCUGGGUUGCCACAAUUCGGAAGAUGGUCCAAAACUAAAUGGGAGGUACUCUUGCUUGCUUUGAGAAAUUAUGGUCAUGCUAUUUGGGAGAAAGUGAUGCUAAGAGCUAAGGACUCAAUAAACACGCCACACUGUCUGUCCUUGGACUAUAAUUCUGAAACUAGAAAAUAUUUUGUUUUGUCUUCUGCAUCAGCCAUCCUCUCAAACAUUGUUUCAAGGUUAUCUCUAUUAAUGCACUAGCAGUAUUUUGACUGGAUGUUUCCUAUCUGUAUUUUAUAAAUAAAGAUUUGCAGUGUUUAUGCUAUGAAAGCCAGUGAGCAUGUGGCAGGAUGAACAUGCAAGAUGAACAUAAGGUAUAAAUCAGUCAAGUGUGGAGGGAAGGGUUGAUGUAUGUUGCCUGUACUGUGAUCUACUUCAGUGUACGUAUCUAAUUAUUCAUACAACAGAUGAUCAUUGUGGUUCUGCUAAAAUGACUAUGCACCAUUUUGCUUUUUUGCAUGAUUUCACUUACACUUAAAAUGUUGAACUACUUGAGAUCAUUUCAACAAUGAAUCUGGUGAAAGCUUAACUUUAUGCAAGUGCUCAUACUUACUGUACUGGUUAUUACUGUGAUCUCUUCAGGGUAAAAAUCUGUGCUCUGGUCUUAAUUUUUACACGUUUAUCUGCACACUAUUGGCAGGCUGUCGUCAAAACUGGGUAAUAGAUCCUUACAUACAUAGAAAAACUGAAAUUAACCAAAGCUUAAGUGUUAUUGAAAACCCAAGCCAUACUUAUAAUUAUGCUACACUGCCUCACUGCAGUAUUGUGGGAGUCCAUUAAGAAUAGUGGUUCCUGAUUAUGGAAUUUCCAAUAAAAUGUGAAACAUCCACCAAUCAAAUAUUAUGCAACACAGAAACAUUUCUUAGAAAUUAUUUUAUGGUGGCUGUAUUCUAGGUAACUUUCUAUUAACUGAGUAUGAAACCCCAGUCAACCAUUAGGUCAUGAUAGUAAGAGCAAGAAUAAAAUGGCUUAUUUGCCACCUUGUUUUUUUAAAUUAUGUAAGUUGUUGUCAUUUAGACAACUGUUCACAGCAGUUACUUCUUCCAUGUGAAAACAAAUCUUAUAGGAGAGUCGUGUCUCUGUCAGUGCAGUAAAGCCUCUUCUUCUCUGUCUUUGUUGAUUACUGUGGAUUUGACUUUGGUAACAGUUUCCCUCUUGGGGAUCAGAACUCGGGCAACCAUUUUUACUGAGAAUUAAAACUGUCAAAUGUUUGAAAAACAGCAUUUGUUACUGUAAAUUAAUUUGUAUAAGUUAAGUUAACCUCCUCUCUUUGUCUUUUGUUACAUUAUUGAUUUUGUUAUAAAUGCAGCUAUAUUGAUACCUGAUUAUCAUAAUGUUAACAGAUGAUGUGCAGAUCUUUAACUGUUACGAAUAGAUAACAUUGAAUGUUGUAACCUUGCAAGUUUAGCAGGCUUUGUGUUCUGCAUGUACGCUGUCCUAGAAGACAAACAUUAAAUGAGAAAUGUGGAAAUCUCAUGUAUAAAUAAUAUAACAUUAAUUAUAAUAAAUGUUUUAUGAAUUCA